AUGGAAGGCAAGUCCUCACCCGUCAAAUCCUUUGAAACUGAAACUCGUCCAAUGAGAGGCCUCCUGAGUCUCCUACUGGUGGCAAUUCUCAUCAACCCGGGAAUAUCCAAUCCACACCAACCAUUCAAGAUCACCUGGAAGCUCAGCGACGGACAGACCCACGAGGUGAUCAACGAAACCUCAGGAAUCCACCCCCUCAACACCUGGUGGCCAGACCUGUACUUUAACCUCAGGAGACUCUUUGUACGCCGGGUUGGGCUACACACUCCACUAUAUGAAAGCCUGGGUGGACAUAUGGGGGACGCAUAUGCCCACACUUAUGGAGUGGGAGACCUUCCUGGGUUUUACUCUUGCCCAGGCAACAUUAGAGGUAAUUGGAAAACUUGUGGGGGUAUAGAAAGCUAUUACUCUGCGAGCUGGAGCUGUGUAACUUCGUGUGAUGGGCCCCGGAGGUGGGACGUCAGGAACAGAGAUCUAGUUAGAUUUACCUUUAAUGAUUCCAAACACGAAGGGCCUUUUGUACGAGUAUGGUUCAACCAGGACCGAGCAACAAAAGAAAGCUGCUGGACCGCAGGGCUAACUUGGGGCUUCCAGUUCCAUGUGGCUUGGCCCGGCCCUUACCCAGGAGAGCUCUUGACCAUUAAACAGGUGAUUGAGCCGGUACAGGUACAUAGUCUGGGUCCCAACCUGGUCAAAACGGCACAGGGGCACAAGACGACCCCUAAGACGACCACCUCCGGGCCAGACUCGCUGAGGUCAAGCAGCACCUCCUCUACCCCAGGCACUGGAGGUAAUCUGACAAACAUCCCGGGCCAUCUAACCGUAACUGCUAUCUCAGUGACUCAAGACCCCCUAUGGGCCAUAGUAAAUGCCGCUUUUAUGGCUCUAAACCAUACUGACCCAAAUGCGACCCAAUCCUGCUGGCUCUGUUGUAACCUCCACCCCGCCUUCUGUGAGGCCGGCCUCAACGUCUCCUACAACUUGUCUUCAGACCCCAAUCCCCCUCAAUGCCGGUGGGAAGAGCGUAAGAUAGGCCUCACGAUGGAAGAGGUAUGGGGACAGGGGGUCUGUUUGGGCACAGUACCAAGGGAUAAGACCUCUCUUUGUGCUCAGACUUCUGGUAAUAUCAGCUUACCCGGCAAAAAUUGGCUAGUGCCGGAAGUCGGGGGAUGGUGGGUUUGUUCACAUAUGGGGCUAACACCAUGUUUAAAUAUGAAGGUUUUUAACCAGAGCCAAGAAUUCUGUGUUCUCGUCACUGUGAUGCCAAAGAUCCUAUACCAUUCUGAGGAGGUAAUAUACUCACAUUGGGACUGGGAAGUACUAAGACAGAAAUGAGAGCCCAUUAGCGCAAUCACUGUGGCAGCCCUGUUCAGCCUCGGACUGACAGGAGCAAGGACAGGAAUAGCUUCAUUAUCUUUGCAGGGCCAAGGGCUCUUCUCCCUGCGGGCUGCUAUAGAUGAAGACAUAGUCUGCAUAGAAGAAUCAAUUAGUCACUUAGAAAUUUUGACAUCCUUGUCUGAAGUGGUCUUACAAAAUAGGAGAGAGUUAAACCUAAUUUUUCUCCAACAGGGUGGGGUCUGCGCGGCUCUGGGAGAAGAAUGUUGUUUCUAUGCGGACCACACUGGAGUAGAGAGAGAAUCUAUGGCAAAAGUAAGAGAGGGACUUGCACAACGAAAGAGGGAACGAGAGGCCCAACAGGGAUGGUUUGAAUCUUGGUUUCAAAACUCCCCCUGGCUGACCACCUUGGUCUCCACCCUCCUGGGCCCACUCAUAGUGUUGAUAUUGAUACUGACAUUCAGCCCUUGUAUCUUAAACCGGCUAGUGUCAUUUAUUAAGGAACGUUUAAACAAUAUUCAGAUCAUGGUGUUGAGACAGCAAUAUCAACCGUUGGCCCAGGACGGUGAAGAGAAAGGUUCCUCUACAGGAACAUCAAGACGGGGGAAUAUGAAACUGUCAAGACUAGCGCCAUGACAGGCACCCUGAGCUAGGAGGGGUCCUAAGGGUGGGGUGAUUCUCCUCCUCCUCCAACAGGCCACCAGAGGCUAGCCAAUCAGCACGCGCCCAGUAAGCCUCUGGAAGAGUCCCCUGGAAAGUCCCGCGGGCGCGAGAAAAUUUUAAAGUGUGUUUGACCAAUGAAAUUGCUUUGCAAACAUGUAACCAAUCAGCUUGCGCUAACUACCCAUUGCUUAUGUUUGAAAUCGAGCACCCUAUAAAUGUGCGUGGAGACUGGGGCUCAGGG